AGCUGCGGGUCUGUCCCGGUUCCAGACCAGAGCAUGGCUUCGGGGGAGCUGUACGAGGUGGAGCGGAUCGUAGACAAGCGAAAGAACAAAAAGGGCAAGUGGGAAUAUCUGAUCCGAUGGAAAGGCUACGAGAGCAAAGAGGACACAUGGGAGCCCGAGCACCACCUGCUGCACUGUGAGGAGUUCAUUGAUCAGUUCAACAGCCUCCAUCUGCAAGAUCGACACUCCAAAUCAUCCAAACCCAGCACACAGCCAAGAGUCCAUGACUCAUCCAAAUCCCACAGAGAAACACGCAAAAAGAAAAGGACUAGUGCAGGAGGGGGUCCGGGCCCAGGAUCGGGACCGGGCCCAGGUGUCCCGCCCAAACCGAGAAAAAUGAGCGGUGGGAAAGCGCCUGGGGACAGAAUGAGCAAAACUAUGUCUUACAGGGGAGUAAAAGCAGGACUUCAGUUUGUUCCACUCAUCAGGGCUCCUACUAAUGGACUUCAGAAUGGAGACAUGAACACGAUGCAUUAUAGGACUACUGCCAGGACACAGGGGGUCCCGAGCAGCAGAGUGGAAAGGAUGAUGGGAGAUAUGGAGAAGAGCAGAAGGGCAGUACCACCAGUAAAUGAAUUAGGCACCCCGCUGCCCAACGGAGACGCACAUUUGCACAGUUCAGCCAAACGGAAGCUGGCGGAAGACAAAGCCUACGUCUUUGAUAAAAGGCUGAGGUACAACGUCCGUCAGAACGAGACCAACUACAGAUUUCGGGACAUUGUCGUGAGGAAGGAAGAAGGUUUUACACACGUCCUGCUGUCCAGCCAAACAUCCGAGAAAAAUGCGCUAACGCCAGAGAUUAUGAAGGAAGUGUGUCGAGCGCUGGGUACGGCAGCUGUGGACGACAGUAAGCUGUUAUUGCUCAGCGCUGUGGGCAGCAUCUUCUGCAGCGGUCUGGACGCCUCAUACCUGAUUGGUCGCCUCUCUACUGACUGCAGGAAAGAAAGCAGCCGGAUUGCUGAGGCUGUCAGGGACUUUGUAAAAGCCUUCAUUCACUUUAAGAAGCCCAUCGUAGUGGCCAUCAAUGGUCCAGCACUGGGUUUGGGUGCCUCUAUCCUACCCCUCUGUGACAUUGUCUGGGCCAGUGAGCGGGCGUGGUUCCAAACUCCCUGUGCUGCACUACGACUUACACCCUCCGGCUGCUCCUCCUACACUUUCCCUCAGAUCCUGGGUGUGGCUCUGGCCAAUGAGAUGUUGUUCUGUGGGAGGAAGCUGACCGCACAGGAGGCUUGUAGUCGAGGUCUGGUCUCACAAGUCUUCUGGCCGACCACCUUUCAUCAGGAAGUUAUGCACCGGGUUAAAGAGAUGGCAGUCUGCAGUGCUGUGGUUCUGGAAGAGUCGAAAUGUAUGAUGCGCAGUAUCCUGAAGUCUGUACUGGAGGAGGUUAAUGAGAAGGAAUGCCAGAUGCUCAAACAGCUGUGGUGCUCCAGCAAGGGCCUGGAGGCGCUCUUCAGUUACCUCCAGAGUAAAGGUUACGAUGCCUGAAUAAGCCGUCCUCACUGUCCCUCUCUCAAGCUGAAUGCCAGUCUAUCAGCGUGUCCAUUCACGUCCAGCCAGAGCAGAACACCAUGUCGGUCAAAUCUGCUGAAAUAAGCCAAAAAUAUGUGUUUUUUUUUUUUAUUACUGCUAAUCCCUGUUAGCGGCGGGAGGAUAAACCAGCAUUGUGAACAAUGAAAAAUCUCAAGUCGUGAUAAAAAGCCUGUAAUGUUAUUAUUCUUUAUUUAUUAAAUCAGAAAUGAAGCCAUUUUAAAGGUGCAAAGUAAUAAUUGAAUAACCGUGUGUAAACUACAGUGUAGAUAAUUUAGUGUAUUGUAGGGUUUAUUGGUUGUUUGCUUAUUUCUGAAGGGAUGAGUUCAUGCCAAAGGGAAUAUUAAUCAUACUAAUGUUUUUAAUUAUAAACACGUCGCCGAUGGGGUAUGACACGGCAGCUGUUGUGCAAUAGCGAUGGCCUUACGAUGAAGAUUUUAAUGACUGCUGUAAUACAGUCAUCGAGCACUUUAUUAGGUACACCUGUUUGGUACGCCCAUUUAUUAAGUGCUUUAAAUUAAUAAAACCUCCA